AUGGUCUCUUCAAGGAAGCGCAAGGCCGAUCCCGACUACGUCGACGACAACAAUGACAAGCACAACACUGUCCCAGACGGUGAACUGGGUAUUGCACAAUCCGUUGCCUCAAGGAACCAGCAGAAACGCUUGAAGCUCGCUGAAGAACAACGUCAGAAGUUGGCCGAAGAAGCUGCAGAGAAGCAUCUCCAGGUCCCGGACAAGCCGCGCGAGGACCUUAUGCAGAAACUACCCGGCGAGAUCAGAAACAACAUCUAUGAAAUGGCUCUCGUUCGUGACGAAAUAAUCUACCUCCAUUGCCACCGUCGAAGCAGCGGAGUCAAGCAUUGGCGCCGUACGAAGUUCCAUGGGCCCGGCCUCUUCCUCGUCUCGAAGCAAGUUCGCAAAGAAGCUAUGAGCGUCUACUUCCUUACCAACGAGUUCAGGAUCGUCUGCUCUGGGCUCGAGCUUCCAUCAGCCAUCACAUUCCUCGAGAAAGUGUUCGAAGUCUGUGGCAAGGUUCCUUUCCACGAGAUGGCUCUCAGGACGCUUCCGCGCGGCUGGCAACAGGUCGUGUCUUGGUGGUACAUCGCACGCCUCAUCUCCAAGAGUCCGGCUGGCACAGAUGCUCAGUGGAAGGCAUUCUUCUGGUGCAGUGCAAGUCAGCAUCUUGAGAUGUCUUUGGACGCUAUGAUUUCGUUCGCACUGGCAGCAAGAAGCCGUGGGGACGCCGAGGUCAAGGUUAAGGCCGAUUUCAAGGUGUAG